AUGGCUUACGACUCCUAUCGCGAUCCACCAGGUGCUUACGAGCCCGGGGAUGGCAAUGGCGCUACCAAUAGCAGUGCCAAUACCAAUAGCUUCCCUGAUGAAAGACCCUACGUGCCCUCGUCUUAUCAUCCUCCAUACCCCUCGCAGUACAUGUCCGAUCAGGUCCAGAUGCCUCAGCCCCGCAUGCCGUCGCCCUCCUUUCAAGGCCCAGCGCCUAUCAGUUCUACAGGCGGCCGAAUCGACGAUGCUGUCGCCUCCGCUGUCAACCAGGCCGAUCAUACGAACACUUUCUCCCCCGAGCUCAUCCAGCAAGUCACCGCAAGCGUGAUCCAGCAACUCCACGCAUAUGGUUUAGGCUCGGCGCAAGGUGGCCAACAGCAGCAGCCACAACAACCACCGCCUCCACCACAGUCUGUACCUUCCGCACUAGAUAACACAUAUUACAAGCCUCCUCCUUCAGCGCAGUACAGUAAGAGCCAGUCUCCGGAGAUCCGCGAGCUCAAAUCGGCUCAUACGGUGCCUCUCGAAGCACGAGAUGGCCAACCGCGGCCGAGUCCGGACAAGGCCGACAGCAUCAGAGUAGAAGCUCGACCAGAAGCUCGACCAGUCAUUUCUGACCGGGCCCCCGCAUCGAGUGAAUUGACAACACUGGAGAGAAUCUGGGGUAUACUAUUCGAGGAUGGCAAACCAACUCCGAGACUUGGCCAAUUACUGCGGGGAAUCGCUGUUCACUUGAUUGAAGACUACGAACCAGGGAAUACUCUUGUAGUGAUUCCAGAAAAGAUGCAAAAGUAUUACGCAGAUACCAAGGUCUCGACAGACACAUACCCUUUUCAUGAUAUCUUUGACGAUCAAGCCUCAUCCAUCUCACGAAUUUACCGUGACAUCGAAGCCGAGCAUCAUCUAGUCCAAGGACCGCUCAACCUUAAUGCUCGCCCAGACAAACCGGGAUUGACUCCGCGUGGCUUUGAACGAUGGUUCACCGUAAUGAUCCUAGCCAACCCAGACAGAGAGUUUGCACGCCUCAAGAAGACCGUUCUAGAUAUGCCAAUCAGCAAUCCGGACGACAAAAAGGAAAGGUUCCCAAAAGAGCUUCCUCGACGUUUAUUCCCCAAGUCAGCGGACUUGAAACUUCUCGAGAAGCUAGAAGCUUCCAUAAUUACGCACAGUGAAGUUGACCUUCCUCAGAGUCCUCCUUCUGAGCGUUCGAAAUCGCCUAUUCGAAGAGUACCCGUAGAGAAAUCCCCGUCGCGAGUACCAACUGUAACCGAACGACCUACGCCUCCUCCCCCUGUUCAAGAGCGAGAACCGCAGACUUAUUCUUCAUCAAGCACAGCGGUAGUUGAUGAUGACGAAGAGGAAACGAUUUCUCCACGUCCAAUUGAACGGGAGAGGAAGCCGUACAGCGCUCAACCAGGAGGAGGUAAAUUCUACGACGAUGGGGCUGAUCAGCCCUCUAAAAAUGAAACAAGCAAGGGCAAGGAUUUCCUUACUUCACCUAUCACGGCCACACACCGACAAUCCCACACAUACGGCCAAGACGCACCACACAUGCGCACCGGCAGCCAGUCAACCACGACAACUAGUGGUGGCGGAUACAAUAGCCACACCCACCAUGGGACUAUUUCAUCCAAGAGUGGCCGCACACGCAGCUCUUCGGUUGGAGUUGGUGGCCCAGGCGAUUAUCGACAUUCGGAGCCGGAUCUCAACUCAUUUGAUUCGGAUUACUUGGGCUCUGGGUCAGGUGGUCAUUACAGGACAAGUUCUACAGCGGGCGAUGGAUAUGACGACAAUCGUCGAUAUCGAGACUAUGACCGAGACGAUGCCCGAGAUUACGAAUUUAUCCGCGAGAGAGAACGUGACCGAGAACGUCGGCAUCACGACCAUUUGAAUAGUCGGGCUACCUGGAGCGAUGAAGAUUACUACCGUGGACUAUUGGGUGGACAGGGUAGUGGCCCUGUGGGUGGUCAUGACUACAAGUAUCGCUAG